CGACACCAACGUCAUUUUCAAGCGGGCUGAACGGCGUGUAUCCUGCGUGCGAUUCAAACAAAUUUUAUCUUUGGCUUUCAGCGUGGCUAAACUAGCUAAUGUUAACUGUAGUUUUGAGAUUUCUAUGGCUGAUUUUGAGAAAGACAGAAAUAAUGAAAUCUUAUUUGGGAACCUAACUUUUUCUCAACAAGAUUUGCUGUGGGCGUACAAGAAUUUAGCUUUGAACAAUCACCCAGACAGAACUGCUGAGAACACUGAUGAUGUAAGCUCUGAAAAGUUUCGCGCAAUUACAGCUGCCUUUGUUUCAAAAGCAUCAGUCGAAGAUUACGAGGACCUUGGAGAUGAGGAGGUAUUCUUCAAAGUAUUCAAGGAUGCUCUAUAUUCAAAUUCCAAUGAAUGCAGAGUGUUCCAGUUUUUUGCAUGCCAAAGCCAUCCACAGAACUCAACAACCCUUGAUAAACUCAGCUUUGAACACAUCAACCAGAACUUAGGAGAAGACCAGUUCCAGUGUUUUGUUAAUAUUAUCAAGAACCGGAGAUUAAAGCGUAAGCCAGUUCCGAACGUUUUUACCGAGUCAUUCCUUAAUCAGCUCAAGAAAACCUUGCAAAACGCCAGAGAAAAACUGAAGACUUUCAACAUAUCAACCGGAAGUAAUAUAAACAUAUCAGGUGACGUGAAUGAACCAAUCGUUAAACAGAAGUUGACUAUUGAAAAAAUAAACACUGACAGGAAUCAAGUGAUAAAGGCUGUACUGGAACCCAUAGCCAAAGAAGUAGUAGAAAGCAAAGUGCAGGUCGUUAGUCCUUGGCCCCACCAACCAGCCCUUGUACAUUCUCGACAAGUGCCUGCAUAUUUAACAUUCAACCAACUCAAUCCAAGCCAUACAAAAACCCAAGCACAAGUGAAUCAGAAUAGUAUAUCAAACAGCGCCACAGACAAGCCAAGUGAAAACACAAAAAUUGAAUGGCCAAAAAUGGCGACAGUUGAUCCCGACACUAAACCAGAGCAGGCUGCCACAAAGGCCGCUAAUGGGAUCAUAGUGGAUGGACAGGACAAAGAUGCUUGGCCGGCAAUUGGAGAAGCAACGGAUAGCCAAGUAGCCGGAGACAAACUUGCCAACAGUACAAAUAUUCAGAGUGGAAACAUGGGAACCGGGAAUAAUUUGGAUGUGAUCGCGAGUGGAGGGAAUGGGAAUGGGAAUAGUGGCAGUGGUCUGCCAAACUGUACAAGUCAACAGCAGCUCCAGCCACAGCAGUCGAGUGCAAACGCAACAAAUUGCAUGUGGAGUCAGGGAGGGGGGAGUAGCAUGGUAGGUGGUGGAGCCAACUGGAGUACCACUGCUUCAGCAAGUGGUGUCACACAAACAACACAGUUUCAUCAGGGCCCUUUCCAAUCUGGUGCUCCUCAAAGUAUGAACAAUGCCAACAAUUGCAACUUAACUCCUAAUUCUGGAUGGGGGAACCCCAACUUUGGGGAUGGUAAUGGUAACGGAGGCAAUGGUGAAUGGCCUAAAACUGGCCUGAACAAUAAUCAAAAUAAUGGGCCGAACAAUGAGAAUGGAAAUGGAGUCGCGAGACAGAAUAAUGGACAGCCAGUUAGCAUGAAUCAGCAGAUGCCUCCGAGCUCUGCUGGAGGGGCAUCCAUAAACUCUGGCUUUAACUCUGGUGCUAAUAUUCCUGGCAUGAAUGCCAACAAUCAGCAGUGGAAUAUGCCUCCUGGAUUUAACUCUGGAAACCAAGCAGGAUGGAAUAAUAAUAGCUGCAAACCUGAUGGAGGCAAUGGUAGAAGUGACAAUGGUAAUGGUGGAGAUGGUGUUGGUAAUGCCGGUGGUGGUAAUGCCUGGCAAAACUCUGGGUCAUCGUGGAAUACACGAUCAAAUUCCCAGAACAUGCCAGGAUCAAAUAAUUGGGGUGCUCCCAACUCCAAUUUUGACAAUAUUGGGGGAAGUGGCAAUAAUUCCUCAGGAUGGGGCUCUGCCCCUAACCCACAGGGUCCACCCACAUCUGCUGCUGGCAGUCGGGUGCAAGGGUGGGGGGACAAUUCCAGCCAACAUUCUAUGGGAUGGAAUAAUUCCAGUAUAACUUCAAAUCCUAACUCCAGUGGAAAUAAUUCAUCUGGCUGGGGUAAUAACAGCCCAAAUACCAGUGGGCCAUGGGGUGGUCAGAGUGCUGUAACCACCCCUACUUCAAAUCCAGGCUCUCAGCCACUAACAGAUUCCAAUUCGGGACAGGGUAAUUAUUCAGGAGGAUGGGGCAAUAACUCGAAACCAACCCAACAAUGGGGAAAUCAAAACCCAAAUGGUCAGGGAUGGAACAACUCCAGAGGGGGUGGGUCUGGCUGGGGAAAUCCUGGUCCUAACAAAGAACCCAACCCCCAACAAUCCAGUGCUGGGGAUAGUCAAGGAACGGGAUGGGGACAGCCAAGGAACACGCCUCCAAGUGUGGAUUCCGGUGCAAACAACUCUUGGGGUAAUACCCCAAAAAUGAGUCAGGCUGUCCAGCAACGUGUCAACUCCAAUGACGGAUGGGGUAAGACCCCCAUUAAGCAAAAUGUUCGCUGGGAAGCUGCCGGUACCGCUAGCAAUUCAGGAUCCGGAUGGAAAGAUGCUGGCCAGCCUCCACAUACUCCAACUGCAUGGGGUGGUGAUAAUAAACCAGCUUGGGGAAAUGCAGACAACAAAUCAGGAUGGGGACAACAGGGUGGUGGACAACAGCAGCAGCAGCAGCAACAACAGCAGCAGCAGCAGCAGCAACAACAACAACAACAACAGCAGCAGCAGCAGCAGCAACAACAGCAACAAGGACCACAAGCAUCAACAUGGGGGAGUACUAAUGUAUCCUCUCAACCAUCUACACCUUCUGCUUGGAGCAAGCCUCCAGCCACAUCUGGAAAUUCACAGUGGGGAGCACAGCCACCAAAUAAAAACUCUUCUCAGUGGGGCAACUCAUCUGGUGGUGGUAUCUCUCAGUGGAACAAUCCCAACACACAGCAGUCAUCAUCCCAGUGGAACAAUCAGCAAAGAGGACAACAACCAAGACCCGGGAAUGGUAAUCCUAGUCCCAAUCCCGGCCCAAGGGGUGGCAAUGGUGGUGGUACUGCUACACCUGGAAAUCCAACAAAUAAGCCAAUUGGAGGAGCCUGGGGCUCCUGGGGCAAUGAUCCUCAAAGCCAAACCGGAGCCACAGGCGGUGCUUCCGGAACUGCUGCUCUUCCAGAGAAAACAUACGGAUCCGGAUGGAAAGGACCCACACCAAACGUCACUGUGCCUAAAACAGCAACUGGAUGGGGCGAUCCAACUCCACCAAAGCAAAGCAAAGUAGAUGAUGGAACUUACAUUUGGGGAGACCCUACUCAACACAACAUGAACAUGUCGGCAAUCAACCGCAAGAAUGCUCUUCGCCGAGGGAGUACAAGCCAGCCAAACAGUACUAUGCAAUCUCAACAAUUUGUAAGUGCCCCACCUGGCCCACCGGGCACGCCAGUACAACCGAAUGCACCACAAGGUGGUUUUAAUGCCCCGAAGCCAGAUGCAGGACCAAGCCGAGGUGACUGGGGUGCUGCCCCUCAGAAACCUGGAUGGGGUAGUGGUGGUAACAAAAUGACAGAGGGAGGAUCUUCUUCUUGGGGGCACCCACCUGGGCAACAGUCCAAAGGCCCAGGAUGGGGUAACCCACAGGGUACUGGAUCUGAUUGGGGAAACUCUGGAGGAAGUAAUGCUGGCAGUACUUUCAAGGAACCUAUGCAAACAGGCUGGGGAGGUAGUGGAAACGGAGAAGAAGCAUCUGGACAAACUGGCAACAUUGGCAGCAUGUGGGGAGGUGCUGCUGCCGGUAGUCGUGGAGAUGAAGAGUGGGAAACACACUCCCAGGGUAGUGAAGCCUCAGUUGGAAGUGGAGGACAUCGUCACAUGUGGAAUAAACAAAAGGAAUCCAAAAUUAAACAACUUAUGGAAAUGGGACUAAAGCGAGAGGAAGCUGAAAUGCACUUGAAAACCAAUAGCACUGAUAUUAAUGCUGCCAUGCGGGAACUGAGCAGCAAAAUGCCAAACCAAAUUGACGGAACAUCCAGCAAUAAUAUUGACCUAGAUCUGACCAAAGACUUCAGCCAGAUGAUGCUAAAUGAAAAGAGUAUCAAUGACCCCAAAUUUGUAGGGGGAAACGAGAAUCCACCGGUACAACCCACCUCAUCUUUCAAUCCGUCCCGUCCUAUGACUUCGCCAAUGAUGCCAAACGCACAAGGUGGAGUCAGUAAAGGGUUCAACCAAAGUAACAUGUCACCAAACUACGGAAUGCCGCAGCCUCGUGGCCAGCAACACCAACAACAACAAGGAUUCCAGCAGCUACCGAGCAAACAGCCACGGCCACCUCUCAAUACACAACAGAUCUUACAGCUUGCUGUGCAAGCUGGCUUGAUCAACCAGAGCCUUCUUAAUCAGCACCUCACACACCAGCAAUUGAUGACCGUCUUCCAGUUGAUUCAGCAACGCUACGGCCAGCUUGUCCAACAGCAGAUGAUUCAGGGUCAGAACAGAGCUGGAAUUGGUGUCAAUCCAACAUCUCGCCAACAGCAGGAGCUACUCGCCCGCCUUAACGUAGUCCAGCAACAACUCAUACAACAGCAGCUGCAACAACAGCAGCAGCAACGGGUAUCCAACAAGUACAGUCGCAACAAGUUGGCAAGCGACUCUGACGUAUUCACUUCUUCAGACAGCGAUCUUGGACCUUCACAAUCUCGUUCUCGCUUCAAAGAUUUCUUUUCAAAAAACAAUGAGUCAAAUUUUGGUUUGUUGCCUGCAGGCUCUGACAACCAAAGUGAAAGCAGCUGGUCUCACAGCAAAUCACCCACACCACCAGAAAGCCUUCCUCAAAGUGCUGAUUCAACCAUCUCUGACCCAACUUGGAGCUUUCCUGAACCUGGCCCAGAUAUUCCUGAUUUUGGACCUCCAGAAUUUAAACCUGGUGUUCCAUGGAAGCCGCGUACAAAAGAUGUGGAGAAUGAUCCUGAUGCUACACCAGGAAGUGUCAAUGGAAGUCUUUUCAGUAGCAGCAUUAGUAGCAUAGGAUCAAAGACUCCAGGCCGUGGAAGGGAAACUGAUAUUUCUGGCAUUCUCACCAAACCUAUGCAGCCAAAUUUAAGCAGUGGCUGGUCUGGAACUGGAGCAGCAGGCAACACAGCAGCCUGGAGUGCAGUAAAUCCCUCCACUAAACGUCCACCAGUAUGGAGUGGAGGCAGUUACGAUGAACAGCAGGUUUAUCCACCAACCGCCCUCACCAACCAACUUUGGAAUGUGCCUUUGACUAGAAACAACACUUUGUCCCGUCCUCCUCCAGGUUAUGGAGGUGGCAAUGUUAACCGAAGCACAUCCUGGCCUGCGGGUGGAUCUCGUUCUUGGGAAACUGGAAAUCGUGGUGCUGGUGGUAGCAGUGGUGGAGGCUGGUCAUCAGGCAACAACUUUGGUGCAAGCAGUCAUUGCCUUAUUUUGAAGAAUAUUAACCAAGAUCAGAUGGAGAGUCUGUCGAAGUUGUGUGUCCAAUUUGGGCAGAUGGACAUGUUCCAGGUGAACCCACAGCAACGCGCUGUAAUGGUGCGUUAUCGCAAACCGGAAGAGGCUUUACGCGCUCAGCGAGGGCUUCUCAGUGCCAAUAUUAGCGUCACCUUGGCUUUCGAUGAUUCUGCAGGGCCUAUGAAUACUGCUCCGGCCCAGCUGAAGACGGGGGGAUUUACUGGCAACCAGUGGAGUGUUCCUUCCCAAGGUAUUAAUUCCAGCUUUGGUGGCAGCCAGAUGUGGUCCAACGGUGGCGGCGGAGGGGGAAACUGGGCGACUGGUGGACUUGACUCAGACCCUACUAUGGGUUUUCUACCUAAUGAUUUACUAGCUGAUGGUAUGGGAUCAACUAUAUAAAGUUAGAUAAAAUUUUUGACUACCUUUGUUUGAUAUGGAAAUAUUAUAUUACAUAGCGUUGUUUUAUUUUUAUUUGAGUGAUUAUGAUAGAGUGUAUGUUUUUGACGGGUGUGUGUACCAGCCGUGGCAGACACUAGAAACGCCUUGCUGAGGGACUUAUGUGAACCUUUUGACCGAUUGGUUUUUUUUUUUUUCGGUCUUUUCAUGGAGUGCUGGAAAAUAGCAAUGUGCAAUUGUUGGAGAUUCUGGUUUUGAAGAAUACAGCAGAUACACCUUACGAAAGAUAACUUCUCUUUUUAAAGGGUUUUUCCUUUUUUUACAAUUAGAUAAGAAGUUUAUUGUUAUAAGAAAAAAAAAAUUAAAAGACUGAAAAAAAAAACAACAAACACAAUGAAAUGCCACGAAAGAUUGUCUCGUGCUUUAAGUAGUUUAGACUCGGUGCUAUUAUUGCUGAAUGCUUAACAUGAAGAAAUGGAUUCAUGUGAAACUGCUCUUUGUCUCAAGAUAGACAAGUCAGUUGUUUUAGAAUAAGUUGUUUUGAUAUCGAAAAUAUGUAUUUGCAUGACUAUAACGUUUUUAUCGUUUUCAAUCGGUGUGAUAUGUUUUUAUUCUUUUUGGACAGUAACAUUAUCUUAGGUCAGGUCACAUAAUUAAUGUUUCUUAAAGCCUGAAUUAUAUCUAUUAAGAUGUUUAAAUUAUUAAUUUGUUUUUAUUUAAUUACUUUCUAUCUUUAUUGCCAGCGUGUACAAUUAUGUUUGUUUUGGAAUUAUUUUUGGAAGUGCAAUUUUUCAAGCUGAGUAAGUUAAAGUGGAGUGCACAUAUUCUUCCACAGUUUACUUGCGAUUUUUUCCAUUGAACUUGUGUUGCCUGGCUGAUGGACUCUCAUAUGAACCAAGUUAAGUUUGUGUCUUUCACGAAAGAAAACCUAAAGAAAGAUAUAAAUUAAAAAAAGUAAAAAAAUAAAAAAAAAUGAAUUGAUAAUUAAGAUAACCAAACCAUUAUCAAACUUGUAUUUUGGAUAAAAUGUAUAGUAUUCUCUCACCAAGGACUCCUUUAUAUAAUGAUGGUGUUGAUAGUUUUAGAUAGGUUGUACUACCGCACCUGUACGUUUUUGUGUUUGUUUUACUCAUUUUCAAGAUGUGCCUAUAUAAUGAUCAGUUUUUUUUAGUGCAAACUUGACAAUAAUUAUGUCCAGAUAGAUAAAGAUAUGGAGAUGUCUCCAUCUAAUGUUCCAUACUGUUACUAUGUAUGCAAAUUUUUUGAAGUCAAUGAAUUCAUGCAAACAACUUUAUGUGCUUACAAUUUAUUCCAAAAUUUAGUGUGCAAAUUUGAAUGUAGUGGUAAGUUUUAAGAAAACCAAGAUGUCCUAGCUAGCCUUGAUUUGAUUGCCACCUCCAUUUGAAAAAAAUGAAAAUAUAUAAAGAAAAAAAAAAGGGGGUGGUUUAAUCUAUUUGAAAAAGGGGGUGUACAUAUUUAAAAUAAUGGGAUGAGUUAAGAACAUGUCUUCAGCAUUGUAUAAGUUGAUAGUUCGUGUUUCUACGUUUGAAGUCACAAAUUAUGCUCAGGUUGCUUCCGACUUGCUCUUGCAGCUGAACACUGCUUUCCGAGUUUACCGAUGAUGACGACGACGAUGACGAUGACAUUGAUAAAAUAAUCACCUUUGUCAAAUAAAGUUUAGGUUUACAUGGUGCACUUGCAUGCUUCUGGGAGAUUGAGAACAAAAAACAAAAAAAUAAAAACUGAAAAUAUAAAAAAAAAUAUUAAAAAGUGUAAAAAAUAUAUAAAAAAUAUAUACAGAAGUGCAAGAAGUUAAAAAGUAUUUCUAUGGGAUUACGGGUCAGGGUUUCAUGGGUUGGGGGUUGGGGACGACUACCCACGUAGUCACACUCAAUGAUAUUUGCCAAUGGGAAUAGGGGUGGGAUGGGUUGGGAAAAAAAUAUUAAAAACUCCCUCCCAGUAGCAAGCAAGAAUAUAACCUCUUUCAUAUAUAAUAUAUAUAUAAUAUAUAAUAUAUAUGUCCGGUUAAUAGAAGUACCUAAAGCACAGAAUGAGGGUGGUUAAAUGCUGCUGUUUAAGUACUAUAUCAGCUAGAAUGAAAAGGGUAUUGAUGUAAUGGCUGUGAUUAGAAAGCUAUUUGUUGGGGAGUUUGUUCUUAAUAUUAAAAAGCCAGAAAAAAAAAAAGAAUCUGCAAAUGAACGAAUCUGAAAUGUCUGCUGUUAUGUAUCUUUUCCAUAGUUGUAGUGUUAUGUUCAUGUAAGGCAGUGAUUUUUAUUUAAUACACACAAGUUAAUAAUUGUGUUUUUGCUACUCAAAGAGUAUUAUUAAAGACCAAUGGUCAUUAUAUUUGCUAACUUAGAAAUUUAAUUAAAAAACAUCCCACAUAAUAUUGUGGUUUUUUUAAAAUAAAGAAAUACAGAAUAAUUAUUAUUGUAUUAUUAUUCAACACUAAUAUAUAUUAUGUGAUUUGUUGGGGUUUUCUUUCUUAUCUCUGAUUCAAUGUACAGUACUCCCAUAUAAUUGUUUACUUACAUGUUAAUUAAUGAUUCCGUUAUUAAUGGGCAAUUUAUAUGCCACACAAUUGUGGCUGUAUGUAGCUAUGUAAUUCAAACUUAUGCAAGGUUCUGAUUGUGUUGUAUAUUUGUUGCGUAGCACUGACUUUUAAUAAGAGAGCUCUAAUAGUUGGCUAAAGUUUUUGAUAUAUCAUUGAUAUUAAUAUUAUUAUUAUUAUUACAAAUUAAGUUAGAAUUUAACUUAUCCAACACUCUUUAUGGGUAAUUUUCAUUGUGUGCAAACUGUGUUUAUGUUGUGAAGGAAUUAAAAAAAAAACCUUUUAAGAAUUAAAGAAAACUUUUGAAAAAAAAGAGAGGAAAAGAAAAAUUGUUACCUAGUACAGUGUUAAAUCUGAAGUCGUUUCACCCACUUACAAAGAAGUUUAAAGAAUGCCAAAGAUGUAGGCUCUAUCUAAGUUCACACACGAUGUAGUGUUAACCUGCCAAUGUUAGAACAUAACAUUUUAUUUCAUUGGAAUAAUUUUUGUUUAUCUUAAGACAUGUAAUUAUCACAAGCAUUGUUUUUUUUCAAAAGGUUUAUUUGUUACUAAACAUUUAAAAUAUAAAAAUAAGAUGAUUUAUUGGUAGGUUCGUUUUGAACUCUAACCUCUUUAUACUUAAGUGGCAUUGUUUUUGGUACUGUAGUGUUGACAAAAAAUAAUCAUUGCAAAAACAGUAGGGUUAAUUCCGAGGACAGGACCAAUUGUCAUAAUCAACGUUGAUGUUGUUUGUUGUUGUUUGUUGUUGAAAUAGAAGAGAAGUAUCAUACCAUCAGUAGAGCAAUUGUAGUGCUUAAUCAAAAUUCUUCCUUCCUAAUUGUUUGAAUGUAUUUUAAUUAAGGAGUAUAGUUUAAGGGGACAAGUGGUGAUAAUAUAAGAGAGGUAUUCAUAUAGUAGUUAAGAUUUCUCAAGAAUGUGUAUACCGUACUAGAAAACCACCUAUAUGGUGAAAGUAAUCUAAGAGAUUGUAUCUGACAUACUGUAGCCAAUGAACUGUGAAAUAUUGAAUUCGUAUCAACAAUCGUUUUCUUUAAGAACGCAAAGAUUUUACAAUAUAGUUUUUGACAUAGCUGAUUUAUUGGGACAUUAUAAAAAGUAACAUAAAAUUUGUAAAAAGACAAAAAAAAAAUAUACCAUUUGCAAUCAUGGUUAGAUAAUAGAAUGAUAUAGAUUUAACCAAGCAAUGGGUUUGUCUUGGCUUUAGUCAAGUUUUUGGUUUAUCUUAUCUUCCAUAUUCAGCAAGUAUUAAUAAUAAGUAAAUAUUAAGUGUGUGAAUAAGGAGCAUAAUGUGAUGUGGUUUGAAUACUUCACUGGUCAGACGUUUCUACUAAGCAAUUAACUCGUAAUGAAAAAAAUAAAACAAAACAAUAGUUGACUACCUUAAAUAUACAAAGCUUUUAUUGUGUGUGUAAGAUCUUUGUUUAUGUGUUCGCUGUACUACUUAGCAAGCAAUGUUAGUGAUACUAUAACCAUGAAAACAGCUUAACAAGGAGGAUUAAACGGAAUAUCUGGUGUUAGUGCCUUCAAA